UUCUAACCCAAUAUUUUGAUUAACCGGUCCUUGGUUUCUAUGACUCGAGCUUGUAGUUUGUAAAAGUUUAUUUUACUAAGCUAAGUGAUCAUUUUUAUAACUUGAAUUUCACAUCUCAGUCACAAUGAAACUCGUUAGGUUUCUGAUGAAAUUGAGCCAUGAAACUGUUAGUAUGGAACUUAAAAAUGGUACUGUUAUUCACGGCACAAUCACUGGAGUUGACGUAGCUAUGAAUACUCACUUGAAAUCAGUCAAAGUAACAGUAAAAAAUAGAGCUCCUGUUAAUUUGGAAACUUUAACAAUUAGAGGAAACAAUAUAAGGUAUUAUAUUCUUCCGGACAGUUUGCCAUUAGAAACUUUACUGAUAGAUGACACACCAAAAGCUAAAGCAAAAAAGAAGGAAACAGCUAGGGGAGCUGCAAGAGGAAGAGGUAGAGGCAGAGGACGUGGUGGACCUAGAGGUCGUGGUAGAGGAAGAGGUCGUAGAUAAAAUGUAUUGUGUAUCUAUUUCAAAUAUAACUAAACCUUUUUUCAACUCUAAUGGGUAGAUGUUUAAUCCCAUUUCUAGUUAUAGGUUCUUAGAUGGAGCAAAAUCAAUUAAAAUCCCUCAAUGAUUAAUUUUUCUGUCUAAUAUCCCCUUUUCUAAAAUAAAUACAAAUUUUUUAUCUGAAA